CCCAGCCCCGGCUCCCCGCACGCAGAGCGCAACGUGACCGCCCCGGCCGCCCCUCGCCGCUCACACCCGCGCCGAGCCCGGCCGCUGCCGGACGCUGCAUCGCCGGGCAGGGCUGGGGCAGGUGCGUCGCCCCGGGCGGCGGCGGCGGCUGCUGCGUUCCCGGCCGCCCGCGCUGCUCGCCCCGCGGAUCCCCGGCCCCGGCCGCUGCCUGGGGAGGGGGCCCCGGGCUGGGGGCCGCCGGGCAGCCGUGCGCAUCGGCUGCCCGCGGGCUGCUGCCGCCCUCGGCCGGGGGGGGCGUUUUUGGGGUUGUUUUUUUUGUUUUUUUUUUGUGGCUGCUUCUCCGGAGGGGCUGGGGAGGCUGGUCCCGGGGAGCGCCCGGGGGCAGGACACGCGGCUGCCGGCCCCCGCCGCCCCGCCGCGCACCAUGCCCCGGGAGCCGCGCUGCGAUGGCCUCUGACGGCAGCCGGGAGCCGGCUGGGGUGGCCCCGGAGGCGGCUGGACGCUGCGCGGAGCCCGGCGAGUGACUCGCGGGAGGCGAGAGGACCCGGCGCAGGGGGGACCCCGCGGGGCCGAGGAGCGGACCGACCCCCCCCCACCCCCCGGCCCGGCUGGCCCCGCCGCCUGUCCCGGGGCAUCGGCCCGCGGCGGGUCCCGCGCUUCCUUCCCGCCCGGGGCUGGAGAUGUGGAUGCUGGCGCGAAGAUGGAUUUAGUGUCCGGGCUGGUCUGGCUGCUGACGGUGCUGCUGGAGGGGAUCUCCGGCCAAGGGGUGUACGGCCCACCCACAGUGCGGAUCGUGCACUCCGGCCUGGCGUGUAACAUCGAGGAGGAGCGCUACUCGGAGAGGGUAUACACCAUCCGCGAGGGGGAGACUCUGGAGCUCACCUGCUUGGUGACUGGCCAUCCUCGGCCACAGAUCAGGUGGACGAAAACAGCAGGAAGUGCCUCUGACAGAUUUCAAGACUCGAGUGUCUUCAAUGAAACUCUGAGGAUUACAAAUAUCCAGCGACACCAAGGAGGCCGCUACUACUGCAAGGCGGAGAAUGGUUUGGGUUCCCCAGCUAUAAAGUCAAUCCGAGUGGAUGUGUACUAUUUAGACGACCCAAUAGUGACAGUUCACCAGAGCAUCGGGGAAGCAAAAGAACAGUUUUACUAUGAGAGAACAGUGUUUCUCAGGUGCGUUGCUAACUCCAACCCACCUGUACGGUACAGCUGGAGACGUGGCCAAGAGGUAUUACUGCAAGGGUCGGAUAAAGGAGUUGAAAUCUAUGAACCCUUCUUUACCCAGGUAGGAAUCAAGGGGGAAACAAAGAUAUUGAAACUAAAGAAUCUUCGGCCUCAGGACUAUGCUAAUUACAGCUGCAUUGCUUCAGUGAGGAGUGUGUGCAACAUCCCUGACAAGAUGGUGUCUUUCAGACUCUCCAAUAAAACAGCGUCUCCGUCAAUUAAGCUGCUGGUGGACGACCCCAUCGUGGUGAACCCCGGCGAGGCCAUCACCUUGGUCUGUGUGACGACGGGAGGCGAGCCGGCGCCCACUCUUACCUGGGUGAGAUCCAUUGGAGCCCUGCCUGAAAAAACUGGGCUGAACGGCGGGACCUUGACGAUCCCGGCCGUGGCUUCGGAUGACGCCGGCACGUACAGCUGCAUUGCCAAUAAUAACGUGGGGAACCCUGCAAAAAAGUCCACCAACAUCAUUGUAAGAGCCUUAAAAAAAGGCCGGUUUUGGAUCACGCCUGACCCCUAUCACAAAGACGACAACAUCCAGAUUGGGCGUGAGGUGAAAAUCUCCUGCCAGGUGGAAGCUGUUCCUUCUGAGGAGCUCACAUUCAGUUGGUUUAAAAACGGACGCCCGUUGCGUAGCUCAGAAAGGAUGGUCAUCACCCAGACUGACCCUGAUGUUUCCCCUGGCACCACCAACCUGGACAUCAUCGACUUGAAAUUCACUGACUUUGGAACGUACACCUGCGUGGCAUCCCUGAAAGGCGGUGGUAUAUCCGAUAUCAGCAUUGAUGUCAACAUAUCCAGCAGUACAGUUCCGCCCAAUCUGACUGUUCCACAAGAAAAAUCACCUUUAGUCACCCGGGAAGGAGACAUUAUAGAACUACAAUGCCAGGUGACCGGAAAGCCCAAACCUAUCAUUCUUUGGUCCAGAGCUGAUAAGGAGAUUGCAAUGCCAGAUGGAUCCAUGCAGAUGGAGAGCUAUGAUGGAAUACUGAGGAUAGUGAAUGUGUCGAGGGAGAUGACAGGAACAUACAGAUGUCAGACCAGUCAGUACAAUGGAUUUAAUGUGAAACCCAGAGAAGCAUUGGUGCAGCUCAUUGUGCAGUAUCCUCCUGCUGUGGAACCAACGUUUCUGGAGAUUCGACAGGGCCAGGGUCGAAGCAUCACCAUGAGUUGCCGGGUGCUGAGAGCGUAUCCAACUCGGGUUCUGACAUAUGAGUGGAGACUAGGCAACAAGUUGCUGCGGACUGGUCAGUUUGAUGCUCACGAUUCUACGGAGUACAUAGUGAGCAGCCUUUCCAGGGACAGUUAUGGGAUUUACAAUUGUAACAUCAUAAAUGAAGCCGGGGCAGGCCGAUGCAGCUUCCUCGUUACAGGCAAAGCCUAUGCCCCCGAGUUCUACUACGACACCUACAGUCCCCUCUGGCAGAACAGACCCCGUGUUUACUCCUACAGCCUGCAGUGGACUCAAAUGAACCCGGAUGCUGUGGACCGCAUCCUUGCAUACCGUUUAGGGAUUAGACAGGCUGGACAACAGCGUUGGUGGGAACAGGAGAUCACGGUAAACGGAAACAUUCAGAAAGGAGAGUUAAUUACAUACAACCUGACUGAGCUGAUCAAGCCAGAGGCCUAUGAAGUCCGCCUAACUCCCAUCACCAGAUUUGGGGAGGGAGAUUCAACCAUUCGUGUCAUCAAAUAUAGUGCUCCAGUCAAUCCGCACUUAAGAGAGUUUCACUGUGGAUUUGAAGAUGGCAACAUAUGUCUGUUCACUCAAGAUGAUACGGAUAAUUUUGACUGGACGAAACAAAGCACUGCCACCAGGGACACAAAAUAUACCCCAAACACUGGACCCAACGCAGACCGAAGUGGCUCCAAAGAAGGUUUCUACAUGUACAUUGAAACGUCACGCCCGAGGCUGGAAGGAGAAAAGGCCAGACUUCUUAGUCCCUUUUUCAGUGUAGCCCCUAAAAACCCUUAUGGAGUCACCAACACCGCGUAUUGUUUUAGUUUCUACUAUCACAUGUACGGACAGCACAUAGGAAGCUUGAAUGUUUACCUGCGGUUAAAGGGACAGACCACGAUAGAAAAUCCAGUAUGGUCUUCAAGUGGGAAUAAGGGACAACACUGGAACCAGGCGCGGGUUAAUAUACACCCCACCACUUCAUUUCAGCUCAUUUUUGAAGGGAUCCGAGGUCCUGGCAUAGAAGGUGAUAUUGCUAUUGAUGAUGUAUCAAUUGUGGAAGGAGAGUGUAUGAAAGCAGACCAGCCAGCCAACAAUUUACGAGCAGGUGCUGUUGGGACAUUAGCACAUAUAUGGCUUUUUCCAGUGAUCCUCCUCAUGUCUGUCUUAAGUCAUCAAAGGUGACCUUAUCCUGGCAGAGGCUAUGAAAGAUUCACCAGGCAUUGGCAUGAAGAAAGAGUCUUUGUAAAAUGGACAUUUAAAAACAAACUACCAAAGAUUCCUCCACUGACUGAUUCAAAACAUUAAAAUAAAUAAAUAAAUAAAAAUUAAAAAAAAAAAAAGCACUGGGGAUAAAAGGCAUCAUGGGAGCGUAACUGACUCUGAACCACAUGUGAAAAGCGAUCUGGCAUAAAAGAGACCUUCAGGUGCUUUUGUGGUCUAUAAGAAAUACGGCGUCAUCUGGUUGAACUCUGAAAAAAAGACCUAUAGAAAUCCUUGUCAAAGCACAAAGUCAUGGCUGGUUUUGUUUCAAAUGAAUAGUUUGCUUGUUACCAUGGAAACCUAAUGGCCUGCCAAAAAAAGAGAGCGAGCGAGAGAGAGAAACAACACCUCACUGUAAACAGGGUAUAUGAAGAGCUGGCGUUUAUUUUCCCUUCAAGAAGGUUUUUAGUAUAGAAUUCAAUAAAUGUAGGCCCUUUCACCUUUGGGUGUCACCUCCCCUAGAGAAUAACCCUCGAUCAAAGAUGUUUAAGACAUUUAUGUUUCAUUUUUUCAUGGCUAUGCUAGAUAACUGUAUGCUGUCUCCUUUUGCAUGCAUUAUUAUCCAGGGUGUGUAACCUGGGAUUACAUAUGACACGGGCUUAAACGAGUUUGCUUGCAGCCACUUCAACACCCUUCCUCCCCAGCUAAGUCAUCCGUUCUAAUGAAGUGAAGAAACCAAACCACCGUCUUUUAUAAAUUGCCAUGGAAACCAAGUGCCUUCAAUGAAACAAGCCUGAUUAAAAACAAACAAAAUCAACACAGAAGCUUGCGCUGCUAAAAUGUGGUUUGUGCAAACUGUUUUCUAAACAAACCACAGAGCCGAAGUGUGCAAACAGCAGGCAAGGAGACAAAGCCGCUUCUGGAGAAGGAUGGACCGAAGUUGCUGCGUAAGACCCUUUCAGACGAGAUACUCCAGGCGGCCAUGGCCUUUCAGCUUAUUAUCCAUUAGAAAAUAGCUUCCUUUGGUCCUGGAGACGGGAACAGUACUUCUUUCUCCAGAUGCUCAAGUGGGUCAACCAGAGAAACAGGUUGUUAAGAUGUACUUAGCAGCAGGUGGUAAAACACAAAAGGGAUUGUCUUACUCUAACCUCCAUUUGAAAAGAAAUUGGCCCGAGCUUUAGAGAGACGAGAAGGUGUGUGUGUGCGAUUGCAGUGCAUACAAAAUAACACAAAAAGGGGGCCGCCAACGCACAGGGGGGCCUGCAAAUCUGGCUUUAUUCAAAACAUGGAUGGUAUAAUGCCUCUGCCCGUUAGUCAGACUCUGUGCAGAUUGUGAAACAUUAUUUUAGCAUAAUUAAAAAAAGACACUUUUACAAAAAAAACAAAACAAAAAAACAAAAAACAACAACCUGUAAAAAUGAUUUUGAGCUACCUGAGUACCUACCAUACCUUUAACCGGCCAGUUUUCCAAUGCAUUGUAAAUUUCCCUUAUACAGUGGGUUAUGAAAAUUUGAAGACCUUUUCCCUUAAAUUAUCUCCGCUUUUAACUUCAUUUAAAAAAGACUUUUGUCUCAAGAUGAUGAUGAUGAUUUUAUUAUAUGUUCAACACCCUAGGAUUAAAAACCUGAUAUGCAAGUAAUUGGGAUACAAAUAUUAAAAACAACAACGACAAAAUAUAACAUUUGCAAAUAUUAAUAUAAAAAGCACAACAAGAUGCAGUAAAACAAUUACAAGGCUUGAUUUUUUUUUAUUCUGUAGAAAAAUGUUUGUGCAAAUUCAGUAAUUCAACUGAAGAGAUAAUUUUACAGCUAUGUUCAAUAAAGCCUCUUUCCAGGUAAGGUAUGCUAAGUGGUAUGCGUGUUUGUUGCGCUGUGUGCACUUAUUCACGAAAAGGGUGUAAGCGAGAGUUGCUUUCUUGUGUCGUAAUCUGUCACUGUCUGAAUCCAUAAUACUACAUGGUGUCAAGUAUCAGGGGGUAGCCGUGUUGGUCUGUAUCCACAAAAACAACAAGGAGUCCGGCGGCAACUUAAAGACUAACAGAUUUAUUUGGGCAUAAGCGUUCGUGGGUAAAAAGCCACUUGAUAAUGCCUGCAUCUGUAAUUUUCACUCCAUGCAUCUGAUGAAGUGGGUUUUUUACCCAUGAACGCUUAUGCCCAAAUAAAUCUGUUAGUCUUUAAGGUGCCCCCGGACUCCUUGUUGUUUUCAUAAUACUACAUGACGUUUAGGGACAGGGAUUUUCCAAGGGUACUGCCAACUAUCUACUUGUAAGUGAUUUCACUUGUUUGUAAUAUGCUAGUCCUAUGGGAGUGCCUGAGUGGGAGUCCACUUGGAAAUCAAGUAGGAGUUUUGAGCAUGGAUUGACAUGUGGUUGGGGCCUUUUAUGCUUUUUCAAUAAAAGACAUUUCCAGAUAGCAAGCAUCAGCAUUAAUUAAGGAUGGGAGAACAAUAAGAACUUGCACCUGGUAUCUUUUGAGGUUCAGAACAGUUCUGAUAACGUUAAGAACAAAAUGUUCACAUACGUCUCCCCUUUCUGGUUUCAUCUAGAAGUCAAAGUAGUGACAUAUCACCGGAGAGGAUUUUUCUCUCCAUAUUUUUGGCAUGGCUGUCUUUGGAGAGAACCUGCCUUGCAAGAUGUCCAACCCUGUUUCCAGAAACAUUAUUUCAAGCCCAUCUGAACCUUUUGCAGUUCCCCCAUCAUUAAUGUUUAGGUACUGUAUGUCAGCUGCCAUCGUGAAAGCAAUACCACUCACAUUUGGACAUUUUUCAGUCUGAGCACCAGCUUCAGUGGUCCUCUCAUCAGAGAGGUCGCAAACACUUCCCAGGGCUGUCCCUGAAGACUGCCAGCAGAGGGACCAGAAACUUGGCUGGUAUUUCAGCUAGUACAAAGGGAGCUAUCCAUAUUCAUAUCAGCUGAGGAUCUGGCAUGUUGUUUUCUGGUUUAUCCUUCACACUAGAUUGCUGUCAAUCCUUUUGCUGUUUUGUUUUAUAAAAUCCAGACUGUUUUGCUCUCUGUAGAUUGACUGUGUUCCUUUAAAAGUAAAACAUGCUCCCUUCCCUUUAUGUUUGCUACUUUUCCUCUAAUUCAUGACUGCUAAAACCAGACCAAAAUACAACUGAAAUCUGGAGGCCUGUUCUUCAGCACAGGAAAGCAGAAGUAUCCUGGAAGCUGCUCCUAGCAUCGUACACUAAGCAGUCAUAGUGUUGCGUGAACAGCAGCAGCCCGUGACGUUGGCUGUCGUAAGUAGUGAGAAUAAUGCGGAGAGAGAAUUUGGAGAGGCUCUUAAAAUGCCCAUUCACAUUCAAACGGUUUUGAUCAAGAUAGUUGGCAAAAAAUGAGGGGUUUUUCUUUGUUGGGAUUGUAAACCAAAAAUACAAGCAGAUUUGCACCUGCCAAUUUUAAAAUGAAUUGAAUGUUUAUUAAAAAGUUCUGGUUUAACAGCCCCAGAAACCAAAGUCCUCUUGGUAGUUCCAGUGCAGUGUAAACACAAACUAAGUCAGCUUCUCCGCACUACCCUACACCUUUGUCUUAGCUUUGACCUGCAGAGGUCAACUCUUGGGGUGAGAGGAUUUUCAAUCCUUGCUUCUUGCCUGGGUGCAAAAGAGAACAUGAGUUAGUGCAGAUCUUCUUGUUCAUUAUUUACUUGAGAAUAGACUGGACUUGUAUUUGUGUUUCCAGUAAGCCACUGGAAAACCAACGAGAUGGCAAAGACGUAGGGUUAUUGUGCAGACGCAGGAUACGCCUGAAGUGGGGGCUGAGCAGUGAAAGGUGCUGUAUCUGAUUACCCAAUUUCCUGAGCCAUCUAAUCCUGUUUCUGAUGUAUUUUUAAAUGACUCAUGAAAAUGAAUUGUACAAAUGUCAACUCUGCAAAAAUGUCAGUUCAAAUGUAAUGUUUCUAUUAAAGAAAAAUGGAGGAAGGUGGGGAGCAAAGUUUGGAUAAUAAACUCCCCUUGACUUCAGUGA